AUGGCAGAGGUUGAUGGCACUGCUUCGGCAGUUGCUCCGGCCAAGGCGUCUUAUGCAGCGAUUAUGGGACCGAUGCAAGUCUCAGAAUUUCAAUAUGCUCUUAUUGGCCGAGUUAUUCUUCGUAAGGGAGAAAAACCUCUACCUAAUAUUAUUCUAAAGCAGGAACUUCAUAAGGUUUGGCAUAUUCAGAAUGAUUGGCAGCUUAUUCCCAUGGGAAAUGGUUUCUUCAUUCUGAAAUUUUCCAAUGUAGUGGACAAGGACCAGCUUCUUGUUGAGUGUUGGCAUCCCAAGAUUAUUGCGGGUAUUGACCGUCAUAUAGGUCUUCCUCUCAAGAUUGAAACGGCUUUUGCGAAUGGCAUUUUUGGUCACUUCGCUAGGAUAUUGGUUGAGGUAGAUCUUGGCCUCUCUCUUCCUGAAACACUUUUGAUAAACUGUGAUGAGGGUUCUUUCUACGUGGAGUUCAGUUAUGAGAAACUUCCGCUUUAUUGUUCUCGAUGUAAAAUUACUGGACAUUCUCUUGACAAAUGCAAAAGAUCUGAAGUCCAGGAUAAGAAGCAGCCGAAGAAGAAGCGGCCUGCUCAAGUGGAGGGAGAAGGAAAGGCUGUUAAGAAGGUUGAGAAUGCGAAACAAUGGCAUGUGGUCCGGGGUGAACAAGCAGCUGCUGCAGUGGUUGGGCAUGCGACUGACAUGCCAGGGGAAAGAAAUUCUUUGGCUAUUUUGGCAAAAGAAAAGGAUUCAGAUAUGGAGCAUCCCAAACCUGCUGAGGAAGUUGGGGGUAUUUCUGAUAUUGAGCAGCAAAGGCAAGCCCUGGGUACGGUUUUCGAUGGGAAUCUUAUGUUAGGGUCUGACUUGCUUGAUGCAGUAUUCGCUCUGGUGAAUGACGAUCCUGAUUUGGUGAAUGCGGAGUCUGGAAUUUAA